AUGGCAAACAAAUCACAAACAACCCACCAUGAAAACAACCCCCCCAUCAACCUCCCCAUCAAACCCCUCAUCAAACCCCCCAACAUAGACCCCACAAGCCUCGUCCGCAUCCCCCUCAGCGAAGAAGACAGCAAGCGCAUUCGCCGCAAGACCGACUGCGUCAUUCUCCUCAUCCUGAUCUGGGUAUAUUUCCUCCAGAUUCUGGAUAAGACGGUCCUAGGAUAUGGUGCGACAUUUGGCAUGCAAGAAGAUGCGCAUCUCACGGGGAACCAGUACUCGCUUAUCGGAUCGAUUGCACCGAUUGCCCAGCUUGCGUGGCAGCCGUUCUCGUCGUUUUUGAUUGUGAAGGUGCCGCAUCGGAUUCUUAUGCCGGUAUUGUGUUUUGGGUGGGGAGUUGCGCAGACAGCGAUGGCGGGGUGCCAUAGUUUUGGGGGUUUGAUGGCUACACGAUUCCUCCUUGGUCUCUUCGAAGCCGGGUGUCUCCCGCUGUUCAGCAUUAUCACUAGCCAGUGGUAUCGUCGUGCCGAGCAGCCGUUGCGCAUUGCUGCGUGGUAUAGUACCAAUGGCGCUGCGACGGUCGUUGCAGCGGCUCUUUCGUACGGACUGGGCCAUAUCAAAUCGCAUAUAUUAUUUCCAUGGCAGAUUAUAUUCCUUUUCGUCGGCCUGGUGACAGUAAUAACUGCCCCCUUCGUCUACUGGAAACUAGACAACGACAUCCCCUCCGCGCGCUUCCUAACAGAAGAAGAAAAACCCCAAGCAAUGGAGCGUCUCCGCGCGAACCAAACCGGUACAGGAAACCGCGAAUUUCGCAUGAAACAUGUCACAGAAGCAGGCCUUGAGCCGAAAACAUACCUCUGGAUCGGAAUGGCAAUGCUACUGAACAUCGGCGCAAGCGUGACCAAUGUCUUUGGUCCGCUUAUCCUCAGCGGGUUGGGAUUUGACAAGUAUCGAACUACGCUGCUCAACAUGCCGUUUGGGGCGUUGCAGUUAAUUGUUAUUUUGGUUGCAAGUUAUCUGGCGCAGAAGGCUCGGCUUAAAGCGGCGAUUUUGGCGGCAUUUAUGCUUCCUGUUGUUGCGGGGUUGGCUAUUUUGUAUGCUAUUCCAAGGACGCAGUCUGUGCAGGGUGCCUUGCUGGCGGGGUACUAUCUUCUUGCGUUUCUCUUCGGUGGGAACCCGCUAAUCGUCACUUGGAUCGUGGGUAACACCGCCGGCACGACCAAGAAAUCCAUCGUCAUGAGUCUUUUCAACGCGGCUACCUCGGCGGGGAAUAUCGUCGGGCCCUUACUAUUCAGCGAAAAGGACGCCCCGUCCUACCAUCCAGGUCUCCGAGCGUGUCUGGGGAUCUUUGCGGCUUUGGUUGCCGUGGUGCUUAUACAGUGGGGUAACCUUAUUGUUUUGAAUAGGAUGCAGGAGAGUCGGAGGGUGAGAAAUGGAAAGCCCGCUAAAAUGGUUGAUCGGUCGAUGAUGGAUCAGUAUCAGGAGGCCGGGGACCAGGAGGAUCGGGAGGAUGGGGAGCAGCAGAUUGGGGAUAAUGCGUUUUUGGACCUGACGGAUCGGGAGAAUGAUGAGUUUGUGUAUCUUUACUGA